AUGGUUGCCUUCUCAGCAUUGAAUGAACUUGAUGAUAAACGUAUUACCAACAUUCGUCCCUUGAUCCCACCGCAAAUCCUCAUGGAAGAUAUUCCAUUGAGUUUAAAAGCUGCCGACACUAUUUUGAAUGGAAGACAGGCAGCUGAAGAUAUUAUUCAUGGCAAAGACGAUAGACUUUUAGUGGUAGUCGGCCCUUGUUCAAUUCAUGAUGUCAAGGCUGCUUUGGAAUACGCUGAACGUUUGAUUGAGUAUGCAAACGGUGCUAAGGAUGAAUUGCAUAUUAUCAUGCGUGUCUAUUUUGAAAAGCCCCGCACCACUGUGGGCUGGAAGGGCCUUAUUAACGAUCCUCAUUUGAAUAACACUUAUGAAAUCAACAAAGGUUUACGUAUUGCUCGUAAACUAUUAUUGGAUUUGAAUGAAAUGGGCAUCCCUGCUGCUUGUGAAUUCUUAGAUACCAUUUCUCCUCAAUAUACUGGUGAUCUCGUCUCCUGGGGUGCUAUUGGUGCUCGUACAACAGAAUCUCAAGUGCAUAGAGAAUUGGCGUCCGGCCUUUCAUGCCCAGUGGGUUUCAAGAACGGCACAGAUGGUGGUAUGACGGUUGCUAUCGACGCUAUUGGUGCUGCUAGCCACGGUCAUCAUUUCCUUUCAGUCACAAAGCAAGGGCUUUCCGCUAUCGUCCAAACAGCAGGUAACGACGCAUGUCAUGUCAUCCUACGUGGCGGUAAGUCAGGUCCAAAUUAUGAAGCCGAACAUAUUAAGGCUGCUGCUGCCGAUCUAAUCAAGCACAAGUUAUCCCCCGCUCUCAUGGUGGAUUGCAGUCAUGGCAAUUCUUCUAAGAAUCACAAACGCCAACCCAUCGUUGCACAAGAUAUUGCAAAUCAAUUAGCCAACCCCUCAGAAACCGGCAAUUAUAUUAUCGGUGUUAUGAUUGAAUCCAAUAUCAAUGAAGGCCGUCAAGACAUUCCUGCCGAAGGACCUUACGCCUUAAAUUAUGGUCAAUCUAUCACUGACGCCUGUAUCAAUUGGGAGGAUACAGUGAAUGUAUUGGAAAACUUGAGAGAAGGUGUCCGUGCUCGUCGUGCUGCACGCAAUCAAUAA